GAGAAACUGCAGGUGCUGGUGAACCAUGUCGGAGUCCAGCAACACCGUGGCGUGUCAGGCUGAUCAGAACGGAGCGGUCCCAGGCGAACAAGUGAAGAAGGACGAGAAUUCUCGGCGAGGAAACUGGGGGAACCAGAUUGAGUUUGUCCUGACUAGUGUGGGCUACGCAGUGGGGCUGGGCAACGUCUGGAGGUUCCCUUACCUUUGUUACAGGAAUGGCGGAGGUGCCUUCAUGUUUCCAUACUUUAUCAUGCUGGUGUUUUGUGGCAUCCCGCUGUUUUUCUUGGAGCUCUCCUUUGGACAAUUCACCUCAUUGGGUUGUCUGGGAGUGUGGAAGGUCAGCCCCAUGUUCAAAGGUGUCGGCUAUGGAAUGAUGGUGGUCUCCACUUACAUCGGCAUCUAUUACAAUGUGGUCAUCUGUAUCGCAAUCUACUACUUUUUCACAUCCAUGACCAAUCUGCUGCCCUGGACAUACUGCAACAACCCAUGGAACACCCCAGACUGCAGCGGCGUAGCAGGCACACUGCGGGCAAACGCAACUUUCACCAAUGUCACCGCUAAUGUAGUGUCAGGCCUCACCGAGGUGAUCAGCCGCACCAAGAGGACGAGUCCCAGUGAGGAAUACUGGAGGAACUAUGUACUGAACGUCUCAGAUGGCAUAGGGAACUUCGGUGAAGUGCGACUCCCCAUCCUGGGCUGCCUGGCCAUUUCCUGGUUGGUGGUGUUCCUCUGCCUCAUCCGUGGGGUAAAGUCCUCUGGCAAGGUGGUGUACUUCACAGCAACCUUUCCAUACGUAGUGCUGACCAUUCUCUUCAUUCGAGGAAUCACGUUAGACGGUGCCAUCAGUGGAAUUAAAUACUACCUCACUCCUCAGUGGCAGAAAAUCCUGGAUGCAAAGGUGUGGGGUGAUGCUGCUUCUCAGAUUUUCUACUCUCUGGGCUGUGCCUGGGGUGGGCUCAUCACCAUGGCAUCUUAUAACAAAUUUCACAACAACUGUUUCAGAGACAGCAUCAUUAUCAGCGUGACGAACUGUGCAACAAGCGUCUACGCCGGCUUUGUCAUCUUCUCCAUCCUCGGCUUCAUGGCACAGCACCUGGGGGUGGACGUGUCUGAGGUUGCUGACCACGGACCAGGCCUUGCCUUCGUCGCCUACCCAGAAGCCCUGACGCUGCUUCCCAUCUCGCCACUCUGGUCGCUGCUUUUCUUCUUCAUGCUCAUCCUCCUGGGUCUCGGCACGCAGUUCUGUCUUUUGGAGACAUUAGUGACUGCCGUAGUGGACGAGAUUGGCACAGACUGGAUCAUCCGAAACAAAACCUACAUCACACUUGUCGUGGCCAUCCUCGGGUUUCUCUUAGGAGUGCCACUGACCACACAGGCAGGAAUCUACUGGCUGCUGCUGAUGGAUAACUACGCUGCCAGCUUUUCACUAGUCAUCAUCUCCUGCAUCAUGUGCAUUUGCAUCAUGUAUGUUUACGGCCACAGAAACUACUUCAAGGAUGUGGAGAUGAUGCUGGGCUUCCCUCCACCGGUGUUCUUCAGGGUCUGUUGGAGGUUCAUCUCUCCGCUCAUUAUCUCGUUUAUCCUGAUCUUCACGGUGAUCCAGUACAAACCCAUCACUUACAACGAUUACGUGUACCCCAACUGGUCUCUGGUCAUCGGCUUCCUCAUGGCCCUGUCUUCGGUCAUCUGUAUUCCCGUCUAUGCCCUUUUCAAGAUUACGGUGUCUGAGGGAACCACAUUUUGGGAGCGGUUGAAGAACUCAAUGAAGCCACAUCCCAGCUGGGGUCCGGCGCUGCAAGAGCACCGCAAGGGCCGCUACGCCACGGCCGGACCCGAAUCCAUGGAGGUCCGUACUCUUAAAGACGAGGAGAAAGAGAAAGAUCAGGAGAAAGAGAAUAAGGAAGAGAUCGGGCUCACCAUAAAGGGCAGCAACGGAUCUACGCGCAACCCGUCACCCAGCGUAUAG